AUGAAUGACCCCAGCGGGACUCGAACCCGCGACCGCUGGCACAGCAGUAGCCCUACACUACAAUCUGAGCCAAACAUGUCGUCGAAGUCGAGUAGUAAGAUUAACUAUCUAGAAAUAAUAGGUCUGUAUCGAAUUCCAGGUAUUCCAAUGUCGGAAAAAUUUAGCUUCUGUCUUAACACGCUGCUUUCCGAUGUUGCUGCAAAGCAAUCAUCAUUGCGGGAGGAGAUCGUAACAGCACAAAUAGAACUUAUGUCUAAUCUCACAAAGGUUAUUAUAAAUUGCCAUGAAAACAGAGAUUACAACAGUCUAUCUAAGGUCCAGUUAUGCAAAAGUACGGUGCCAAUUCUCAUCGGACUGGCCAGAUCUAUGGGUCGAUAUGUAACCGUCGAGCCACCUCUGCUAUGCCGUCUCUUUCCACAGCCCAGCAGUCCUGUGAAAACGAAGGAACCAGAGCCUAAUUUUGAAUAUUCAACUUUGGAUAAGAAGAGAAAGUUUAACCAGUUCCGGCCGAUAAUACCAAGCUCCGUCCCAUACGAUCCGACGACUUACUUCUUCCACAAGUUUGGCUCGAGUUACAACCAGUUUCCAUAUAUGAGAUUUUCGGAGUCACCGGAAAAAAGGAUAAAUGUGCAGUUUUAUGUGACAUACCUACAGUCAAUAUUGUCGUUGGCGAAGAAGCUGUUGACCAAAGAGUUGUUAGCGUUUUUAGAUGAGGAGGCUGAAGACAUUUUUGCAUCUGGACAAAUACAGGUGUUCCCAUAUAAAUCUUUCUCGGAGACUCUGAAUUUAGUAAUGGUAACACUCUUACGAGAUAUUUUACAGCAUCAAAAAGAUUUGCCAGGACCAUUCACUAAAGAUGUGCAAGAAUUUGUAAAAUGUCUGUUUUUGAGCGGUCAAACAGAACUGCAGAGUCGACAUCACGACGCCUCAGAAAAGGAGGAUAGAGAAAGUAAUUUUGCUACUGUGAAUAAGUUCAAAGUGAACGUUAUGGCCAAUUCUGCAUGCGUCGAUUUACUAGUAUGGGCUAUUGGAGAUGAGACAGUGGACGAAGAUUAUGACGUGCCAGCUCUUAUAAACGCUCUAACAAUAUUAAUAGGAGCUGACUCUCUUUGCGGGAGGUUGACGGAGAAAAUUAAUUCGAAUCACAAUCAUAAGUUGAUAUUGGCACAUAUGCCUUUACUUAUGGUUUGUCUAGAAGGUCUAGGAAAAUUAGCAACGAAAUUCCCAACGAUAGCGAACACAUCGAUAUAUUGUCUGCGAGACUUUCUCGUGACGCCAUCGCCCAUACUGUUCAAGUUGCACAAACUAGAGCUGGAAAAAAGCGGGAAAGAUCACAUAAAAGGCAAUGUACAAGGAAAAGAACACCAGAACCUAACAGAAACAGGUGCGCCAAUAAAAUCUACGCCCUUCGAGAAGCUUCGAGACGCAGCCAUAGAGAAUCUAUGCGUGGCGUUAGAGGCCGCGCUGACGGUUGACCCGUUCUGUGUGCCCGCGCUAGUUGGAUCCGUUAGCAAUAGACUCUUUACUGCUGAGACUAGUGAUAGCGAAUCUUCAUUAAUAAGUACGAACAUAGUGAUCAUGUUGGGGCACGUUGCAGUCGCUCUGAAGGACAUGCCAAAAACUACGGAUACCAUACUUCAGUUUUUCCAACAACGACUAUGCCGGGCGCCGUCCUCGCUCGACACGCUGAUAGUGGACCAGCUGGGCUGCAUGGCGCUGGCCAGCCCCGAGGGCCCCGCGCACGACGAGAUCAUGCGCAUGUUCACCGUCAUCACGGUUGAGGCGGCCAGCGCCGCCUACCAGCAUACUGAUGAUAGGAAGCAGUAUCGGCACGUGUCGGGCGCGGUGCUGAACGCGCUCGCGAACAUAGCGGCGAACGUGCGCGGCACGCCGGCGCGCCACGAGUUGCUCACGCGCCUGCUGGAGCUGUUCGUACAGCUGGGGCUGGGCGGCGAGCGCGCCACCGACCGCUCGCCCGCGCCCGUGCUCAAGGCGUCCGGCAGCGCGGGCAACCUGGGCGUGCUCAUACCGGUUAUUGCGGUAUUAGUCAAAAGGUUACCUCCAAUAAAAAACCCAAAACCUAGACUCCACAAGCUUUUCAAGGACUUUUGGUUAUACUGCGUUGUGAUGGGUUUCACAGCGGCUGAAUCAGCCAUGCGAAAGCGAUUAUGGCCGCAGGAAUGGUAUGGGGGGGUCAAAGAAAUAGCGGUGAAAUCGCCAUAUCUGGUGUCUCAGACGUCUUUACGUUCUGAAAUGAGAGAGUAUCACUACACGUCCGCUGUAAGGAACGAUUCGGUCUCCAUAAAUGAGUUGCAGGAGCUAAAGACUCAAAUUUUGAAUCUUUUGGACCACCAGCCAGAUGUCACUGUUAUUGUGAAUAAGUUAACUUUCGCACCCUGUAUGUACUUGUUAAGUGUUUAUUGGCUGGAGACGUUAAGAGUAUGUAAUUCACCAGAACCAAGUUUGCAGCCAAUAAUAGAAUAUCUAAGCGACACAGCGUUGCAAAAAGAUAAGAGUGGUAUGUGGCAAUGUGUUUCCAGCGUUGGAGACAAAGUGUUCCAAAAGUUUCUAGAUGUAAUGUCGGAGAAAACCAAAGAUGAAUCCCGUGAAAGGGAACUAGAAGGGCAUGCACAGUUCCUACUGGUCAAUUUCAAUCACAUACACAAACAAAUCAGAAGAGUUGCCGACAAAUGGCUCGCUAGCCUCGUUGAUAGAUUCCCUCAUUUACUGUGGAAUUGUCGAGUACUUUGGUCCAUGUUAGACAUUCUCCAAGUGCUCAGCUUUAGUUUGGAAUUAGAUGCAAAUCAAGAGACCCCGCUACUAAAAGUGCCCGGCACUGAUUUCACUUUGCAACUCCAAGAUACUUUGGAAGGACGAGAGGGAAUAGUCAAAGAUUUUGCAGAUCGGUGCCACGGUAUAGUUCAAGAAGCCAUGAAAUGGGCGCCGCAGUCGACGCGCUCACAUUUACAGGAAUAUCUCAAUCAGGUCCCUAACUCAACGCUGUGGCAUCACUGCGGGCUGGCGCUGGCGACGGGCGCGCUGAUGGGCGCCGCCGGCCUCAACCGCUGGUCGGCGCCGCUGCCGCGCUCCGCCCUGGACAAGCGCCCGCCCUGCGUCACGCAGGACUCCGCCGCCCUGCUCGCGGUCGUCUCGCAGCGGAGCCGCUAUGCGGGAGAGGUGGCGGGCGCGGUGCACGCGGAGGGCGGCGGCGAGGCGGCGGUGUGGCGCGUGGGCGCGCGCCUGCACGCGGCGCUGCGCGACGCCUGCGCCGGCGGCAGCGAGACCGCGCACCGCGCCGCGCUGUGGCGCUGCGCCGCGCUGCUCGUGCACGCGCGCGGCGCCGCCAUGUCGCCCACGGCGCGCGCCCUGCUGCAUAGCAUCGCAUGGUCCCAAGUGGAUAUAUUCACUGAGGACGCGGUGACGUCAGCAGUGGAGUGCUGGCAAUGGCUGAACACGUCCAGACCGGACCUGGAGCUGCGGCUGCUGCAGGAGAUAUUCGCGGCCUGGCAGUGCACUGUGGACAGGCGGAUGGGUCUGUUCGCGAAACAACCCGAGGAGAUCAGCCCUUUAGCUGCUUAUGAAGGUGCUAAAUUAGAGCCUCGUCCACCGUUCGUGGCUCCUCAUGCGGUAUGGGUUCGGUACUUCUGUGAGAUUGCCGAGACGGCCAAAUAUAAUAGCCUAGAAAAAGUAGAAAUGUUGGCUUGUUUGCUUCAUAGAUCUUUACCAAUAACUGUAGGUGACGUUCGCGAUCAUAUAAAUAGACAUGUAGAAGCGGCUGGGGUUCGAUUUAAAUUACUCUCCUGCGGUCUUUCUCUCCUACAAGGCGAUAUUCUCCCUCGCUCUCUAGCUCGGAACAUCCUCAGAGAACGCGUGUACAGUGUGUGCUUAGAUUACUUCUGUAGAGGUUUACAAUGUCCGACUAAAACCUCUGGGGCUUUGAGGGAGGAUAUUAUAUCAUUGAUAAAGUUCUGGCAGCUCAUGCACUCGGAUAAGAAGUAUUUGAAGUGUAGUGAUAUUGGUGUUGACUGCGAUGUAAUGGGCCCGAGUAGUUCGCAAAGCAUCUACACGUCGAACUCGCCCACAGACAACCGCUCGUCCGUCAACAGCAGCGACAUCGGUAGCAGACAGACCACUGGAUGGAUUAACACUGUACCAAUGUCAACCACCACGCUCAGUAGCGGCGCGGGCAGCGUGGCGGGCAAGCGCUCCAACCGCAGCGUUAAACCGCCCGCCAAGUCCUUGGACCCCUUCGUCAAGGACUAUGUCAGGAAGAGGAACCUCAUAUUGGAGUUGAUGGCGGUGGAGAUAGAGUUCCUGGUGACGUGGCACAACCCGCACGCGCGGCCCGAGCAGGCGGUGCCGGGCGAGGACAACAUCGCCACGUGGCGCUCCAAGCCCAACACCGACCGCACCUGGCGCGACUACGCCAAGCUCGCCUGGGACAUCAGCCCCACCCUGGCCGUCUUCCUGCCCGAGAGGCUGAAGAACGAAGGCAUAAUAGCAGAGAUCAAGCGUAAAGUACAACUACACCCGACCGACGUGUGCCACGUGCCGCAAGCACUCAAAUAUCUGGUUACUACCGAGACACUAUUGAACGAUGCUCAUGAGCUCGUGCAUAUGGUGACGUGGGCCCGAGUGACCCCAGUGGAGGCGCUCUCGUACUUCAGCCGGCAGUACCCGCCGCAUCCGCUGUCCGCGCAGGCCGCCGUCACCGCGCUCACCUCCUACCCCUCCUCCGCCGUGCUCACCUACAUACCGCAGCUGGUGCAGGCGCUGCGGCAUGACACGAUGGGAUACGUAGCAGAAUUGAUCAAGUCGCUAGCAAAGAAAUCACAAGUAGUGGCGCAUCAGCUCAUAUGGAACAUGCACACCAAUAUGUAUACGGAUGAAGAGAUGCACAAUAAAGACACGGCAUUGUACGAUAUAUUGGAAAAUCUGACAAAGUGCAUCGUGGAUACACUAUCGGGGCCAGCGAAGGCGUUCUAUGAAAGAGAGUUUGAUUUCUUCGGCCAAAUAACGAACAUUAGUGGUAUUAUACGACCGUAUCCUAAAGGAGCUGAAAGGAAACGCGCUUGUCUAGAAGCACUUAAAAAUAUUAAGGUGCAACCCGGAUGUUAUUUGCCAUCAAAUCCAGAUUCAAUGGUUAUUGACAUUGACUACAAGAGUGGCACGCCCAUGCAGAGUGCAGCGAAGGCGCCAUAUUUAGCGCGUUUCAGGGUGAGGAAGUACGGCAUCUCGGAGAUGGAGGCGGUCGCGAUGGCCAUCGCCUCCGGGGAGGAGUUACCUACUGAGGAAGGCAAAGACCGGUACACGUCGAUAGCGGCGGAGACGUGGCAGGCGGCCAUCUUCAAGGUGGGCGAUGACGUGCGCCAGGACAUGCUCGCGUUGCAGGUCAUAUCCCUGUUCAAGAACAUUUUUCAGCAGGUCGGCCUCGACCUCUACCUGUUCCCUUACAAAGUUGUCGCCACUGCACCUGGGUGUGGUGUAAUAGAGUGCGUGCCUAACGCCAAGUCCAGGGACCAGCUGGGCAGACAGACCGACAUCGGCAUGUACGAGUACUUCAUUAAGAAAUAUGGAGACGAAACAACAAGAGAAUUCCAGGCUGCGCGAAGAUGUUUUGUGAUGUCAAUGGCGGCUUACAGCGUCAUUGGUUUCUUACUUCAAAUCAAGGAUCGGCACAAUGGCAAUAUUAUGUUAGAUACAGAUGGACAUAUCAUUCAUAUAGAUUUCGGUUUUAUGUUUGAAUCAUCACCCGGCGGUAACCUGGGCUUCGAGCCUGAUAUAAAGUUGACAGACGAGAUGGUGAUGGUGAUGGGCGGCAAGAUGGAGGCGCCGCCCUUCCGGUGGUUCUGCGAGCUCUGUGUACAGGCCUUCUUGGCUGUCAGGCCCUAUCAAGAAGCUAUAAUAUCAAUGGUGUCCCUAAUGUUAGACACUGGUCUCCCAUGCUUCCGUGGUCAGACCAUCCGUCAACUGCGCUCACGCUUUGCUCCCAAUUCCACUGAGAAGGAAGCAGCCGCCUAUAUGCUAUCUGUAAUACGAAACAGCUUCCUCAACUUCAGGACCAGGACCUAUGAUAUGAUACAGUAUUAUCAGAACCAGAUACCGUAU